AAACUUAUAAGAUAAACUUUAUAUUUCCAAAUGGAGACAAGUAUGAUGGUGACUGCACAAGAACAUCUUCUGGAAUCUUUGAGAGAAAUGGAGUAGGGAUUCAUACCACCCAGAAUGGAAUUGUUUAUACAGGAAGCUGGAAAGAUGACAAGAUGAAUGGCUUUGGAAGACUUGAACAUUUUUCAGGAGCAGUAUAUGAAGGACAAUUUAAGGACAAUAUGUUUCAUGGAUUGGGGACUUAUACAUUCCCAACUGGGGCAAAGUACACUGGAAAUUUCAAUGAAAAUAGGGUGGAAGGCGAAGGACAGUAUACUGACAUACAAGGACUAGAAUGGUGUGGUAACUUUCAUUUCACAGCUGCUCCAGGCCUGAAACUAAAGCUACUCAUGUAAAUGUUCUGUAUUGAAAUUUUCAUGUAGUAGAAGAUGUUAGUUGCAAAGAAAGCAGCUAGAUCUAUCAUCUGAAAGGACUUUGUACGUGAUUUCCAUGUUGCAAAUUUCCAAUAAAACCAUCAC